AUGAUGAGAGAAGUUUGUUUACGCAAAGCUGAAGAAGAGAAUUUCGUACAAACCAUUGACACAUCAACUGCAAAUUCGAAAUCUACUUUUUAUUCUCGCAGACUUGUUGUUGGACGUCAGCCUGCUUAUACAUUUGAUGUGGAUAAAGAGGUGAAGAAUCGAAGCCUUAGAACUCUCUUGUUUCUCGAGAGCAAAGGAGUGACAGCAACAAGUUUAUUGUUUACAAGUCAUAAGCUGAUGAGAGUGUUAGAUCUCUCUUAUAUGUGCUUUCAAUGGGGGAAGGUACCCACAAGCAUCGGGAAGCUCAUCCACUUGAGAUAUUUGAGUUUGAGAGAUGCACGUGUAAUUCAACUUCCUUUUUCUAUGCGGAAUCUGAAGAAGUUGCUCUAUUUAAACCUAGAUAUAUCAUUAGGUGGAGUUUACAUUCCCAAUAUCUUUAAUGAGAUGCGAGAAUUGAUAUUCUUGUCUUUUCCCAAGGGAUUACAUGAUGAGACAAAUUUGGAAUUGGGAAAUCUGGUCAAGCUGGAGACGUUGAAGAAUUUCAACACAAAACAUGGGAGAGUGACGGAUCUAGAGGGUAAGACACGGCUCAGAUCCCUCUCUUUCAAUAUUACAGACAAGGGCUAUACCAUUAAGACUCUAUCUUCAUCUCUACGUGAAAUGAGAUGCUUGGAGAGUCUUACUAUAUAUCAUUACAAGUUGUAUACUCGCACGAAUGAUGAUGAUGAAGAAGGAUUUGUUUGGGAUUUUGUUAAUCUCAAACAGCUGUGGUUGGAGAAGAUAUAUAUGCCAAGUGGGAAAAGAAUGGUUUGCUCGAGGGAUGGGUUUCCUCAAUUGCAUAAGCUAGAAUUUAUUGGAUUGGAGGAGUGGGAAGAGUGGAUAGUAGAAGAAGGCUCCAUGCCCCUUCUUCAUAAUCUCAAAAUUGGCUAUUGUCCAAAGUUAAAGGAGCUUCCUGAUGGACUGCGAUUCAUCACUUCUUUGAAGAGUCUGAUCCUUUUUGAAAUGGCAAAUGAACAGAAGAAAAGACUGUCGAAAGGAGGAGAAGAUUAUUACAAAGUCCAACACAUUCCUUCUGUUAUAUUCUAUGAUUGAUCUCGGCAACAGUGAGUCAGACAACAGCUCAAGGAGACGAGACUCUCAGCAAUUACGGGCUAUCAGUGGCAAACAGAGUAUAUUUUACAAGUGAAACAUACUGGCACACUGACGCGGUGAAGCUGUUCGACGGAAGUGUCUAACUGAGACACUUGAUCUCCUGCACUGCUUUAAGUUUGCCUAUUAUUAGUAUUCUCUUUACAUUUUCUUGUAUUUGUUCUUCUUAAAGAUUUUAACAACAUAUCGAUUUUUUUUUUUUUUGAGAUUUUUCAUUUUGUUUUUGUAACUCGAAAAUUUACAUGCCUUUGUACAAAGAUUUAUGGAUUGAUUUCCACAGAAUAGUUGUUUUUUCAGUAAAUAUUAUUUGGAUUAUGAACUCAUGAAUCCUCCUCUCCUCUGGUGUUUGAGCAACAGAUAUAUGGCUGAGACACUGUUUUGUCUGUAGCCGAGAAACUACGUGA